AUGAAUGCCUCAACCAAACAGCUGGGGAUUAAGAAGGUGUGCAAAGACCAUCAAGCUAAAUUGGUUUGUCUCUUGGAAACUAUAGUUAGGUUAGAGAACUAUACUGCCAUUUUUGAUAAUUUUAUUUCAGAUUGGAAAUAUGUGCAUAAUGGGGAGAUUGAUAAUACUGUUCGAAUUUGGUUGGGUUGGGAUCCUAAUUUCUUUAAUGUUAAAGAAAUUAAAAAAUCUAAGCAGUUUAUUCAUGUUAAGGUGUUGGUUGUGGGUACCUCAAACUCUUUUCUGUGCACUGUAGUGUAUGCUCUAAAUACUAUGGCAGGCCAGAAGGAUUUGUGGGAGGAUGUGGGGAGUAUUGCUGGUGCUGUUACUACCCCUUGGACUAUUUUAGGGGACUUCAAUGUUACUCGGCAUCAAAAUGAGAAAUUUGGUGGGGAACCUAUUCGGCUGGAGGGUAUUGAUGAUUUCAAUAAUUUUAUUGAUGACUCUGGGUUGAUUGAUUUAAAGUGGAAAGGGGAAGCUAUGACAUGGAAUAACAGACAAAGUGGCGAUGCUAGGAUCUGCUGUAAGCUUGAUAGAGUGUUGGUCAACUUGGCUUGGGUGGAUUUUUUUAGAUCUUCAGAGGCUACUUUUUACCCUCCGGGUCUCUCUGACCAUUCUCUAGUAGUGCUGGCUGUGUUAGAUGAGGCUAAUUUCGGACCUAAACCUUUUAGGUUUUUUGAGGCUUGGAUUGGCAAGGAUGGUUAUGAUGAGAUGGUUCGGGAGGGCUGGGAGCAGCCAGCUGUAGAGUCUGAUUUGUUCCAAAUUCAAUGCAAUCUUGGUGAUCACCCUGAUAACCAGAAUCUGGUUCUUUUGGAGUCUCAAGCUAAGGUGAAGUUAUGGGAAGCUUUGGCCAUUGAAGAAAAAUUUUUGAGGGAGAAAUCAAGGGUGAAGCAUAUUCAGCUGGGGGAUGGGAAUAAUAGCUUCUUUCACAAGUCCAUGAUCUGCAGGCAGAAUAGGAAGCAUAUUUUGGAAAUUCAAGGGGAAGGAGGUGACAUGGUUAAGGAUUCCAACCAAAUUAAAGAUGAAGCUGUCUCUAUCUAUAAGAAAUUAUUUGGGACUGAUUCGGUGGAUGGUGGUUUUUUUCCUAGCAUGGUUCCCUUGUAA